AUGACGGCCCCGCAGACGCGGAUCCCGGUGAGAGUGUUCGACUAUGGCGUCGAGGAGCCUGAAGAGGAGGAGGAAACACGCGAAAACUACUACAAUAGUGAUGAAGACAGUGCCGCUGUCGUCAAGCCCCUUUUGAUUCGAGACCCCGUUCCGGAUGAUGCCGGCACCUCGAAACAUUACCCAACAAACGUGGGUCCCUGGCGCCCCAUCGGCUCGGACGUCGUUAAUGGGACAAGCCAAUCACCAAUGAGGCCGUCCCCGACUAUGCGUGACAAGACCGUGUGCUCGGACUCCGGGACUUACGUUAGUGACAGUGUGAUGACUGCGUUGUUGGGUGGCAGUCCACAAAGGCACUUACCGAACGACGUGCACUGCCAAAUCAAGGCACCGCUUGCUUACGGUACGAACGUCUCGACGCCGCAACGACAUUCGAUUUUGCGCGUAAGUGCUGACCACAUUGAUAACGGCCGUUACGGAUUGAGGAAAAGCGCGUCCGUAGAUUUUGUCUUGGACCGCGACCUUGAGCAGUCAGUACCGACUAUGCAUGCGAACAUGUCUUUCGUUGGACGAGAACCACGACGUCUAACGUUUCAAGAGAAAGCAGAGCUGUAUCGAGUUCGCCCUGAUCUUGAGAUUGGCCUGGCUCCUUUUUACAGCGAAGAUGCGGACGAAGUUCACCGCCGGAAUCAGCGUCGUAUUAUCUUCUCCGUGUUUGGCGGCAUGAUUUCUAUCAUCAUCUUGCUCGUCUUCGUCUCCAUGUGGGACGAGAACAAAUAA